AUGGUGCUCUCACUGCCGGAGACAACAGAUGAGCAGGUGGCGCAGUUCCAGGCCGAGUUCCAGUCGGCCUUCAGCGGGGCCAGCCAGGAGGAGCUGGAGAGCGCAAAGUGCAGGCUUAUCUGGGCGCUCGUCCACCACAGCGGCAGCCGCAACCACCUGCAGCGCGGCCUAGAUUUGGCCGAGGCGGCCCUGGAGAACGACAGGUGCACGCCCGACCAGGCGCGCGAGCUCAAAUACCUUUCAGCAGUGGCCCUCUACAACCUCAGCAGCUACAUCAAGGCGCGCCGCGCCGCCAAGGCGCUCCUGGCGGAGCACCCAGAUUUCAGGCAGGCGCAGGCGCUGGCGUCAGAGUGCGACGACCUGGUGCUGAGGGACGGCCUUGUGGGGGUCGGCGUGCUGGGGGCCGUGCUUGGGGUCGGCAUUGGCCUGCUGGUCGGCGCCAGCCGGCGGUGA